UGAAAAGAACCUUGCGAACCAAUGAAAAGACGACCAUCAGCGCCGCGUAUAGUGCAGAACCGCUACUCAAACUAUAUACAAGUUUCCAUACCAACAAGCGCAGUAGAAUAGGUGUAGCUCAUCCUUGUAGUAGUCAUUUCAUGUGUUUCUAGUGUUUAUUAUUUAUUUUUUGACCCCACUUCUUGUUUUGAACUAACACCUUCGUCCUCCGAAUUCACCUUUCAAACAAUCCGGCCCACACCUGACUUCCCCCCUCACAAACACAACAAAUCAUUUUCCGCAUCUUGAAAGCCCAGUUUCCUUUGUGAGCGAAGUUUGAUGAUAAAUGUUGCAAAGACGAAACGGUCAGCGCGAAGAGCACACUCGAUGGAAUAGCGACGACAUAACCCCAGGCAAAUGACCACAGCCAGCAAUAAUGUAUAACCUACAGAAGAAAAUUUUCUUGGAGAACUAUAAGAAUCUGGAGGAGAUCUCUGGUCUGGACUUCAAUUCUGUCCUUGAUGUCCUCUUCUGCAAGAAAAUCCUGGAGCUGAAUGAAUAUGAAGCAUACUUUAGGCAGAAGAAGCCACGGCAGUCAAUGUUCCAGGACAUCAAAUCUAAAUUGCUCGGUGCAGAGAAAGGCUAUGAAAUUUUUCAAAUGAUCUGCCAGCAACAUGGGUGCUUCGAUGACUUCACAGACUAUAAAAUUAACACAGACUAUGAUGAUGCCAUCCUCAGGGGUAAAAUCAUUUCACUGCCAAACCACUAUGUGCCAAGAACAAAUCUUAAAUGGAUGCAAAAGUUAAAUAAGCUCAAAACGGCGCUGAAGAAUAUGGUCAGCGAUCGCAAUAAGGUGAUUGUCCAUGGGAUGAUCGGAUAUGGGAAGUCCGUCCUGGCUGCCUCUUCCGUCCGGGAUAGACAGUUUAUGCUGGAGGAGUUCGGUAAUAACGUGCACUGGAUCAAAGUGGGAAAGAUUACUGGAGACGAUACCGACAAGAUUUUGAAUCUGAUGUACACUUUGUAUGACAAAAUAUUAAUAAACACAACUGGGGAAAUGAUCCGAAUGCUAACAGAGAUGCCUCAGUCGUUGGACAUAAUGCAAAACAAUCUACUAGCACUGCUUAGGAUCGAGUCCUAUCGGAAAACCUUACUAAUACUCGACGAUGUGUACGACGCGAAGGUGAUCCGGUAUUUCGAUGUGGGCUGCAAAAUGCUGAUCACGUCGCGCGAGAAGAUUCAGUGGCAAGGCGGCAGCGUGCAAUACAUCCUUGUUGACGAUGGAUUUACUCUGUCGGAGAGCCUGGAGAUCUUCAAAAAGUCCUUGAACAUCGAGGAGAUCGACGAAGACGUGUACAACGAGCUGUAUGGUAUUUACAUCGACUGCAUGGGCGAUCCGAUAUCGAUCAAGCAUUGGGCCGAACGCGUUGGGAACAAGAAAGACGCUUUCCUUGCUAAUCCGAGAGCCUAUCUGGACAACCUCUACACGAUGAACCCUAAAGACUCAUGGAACAAACAUCGUUUCGCCGAGCUUAAGUCUUGGUACCAGACGCUGGAUCCGCAGACAGGCGUUAAGUUUCUGGAUCUGGCCAUCUUCUUACGCGAGAGUAACAUCCCCGCCGGCGUUUUUUCGAAGUUAUGGUCCUCCGACAACGUGCUGGACAUACUCGAAGAUCUGGAAGCCAAGAACUUUAUCACGUCGAAGUACGCCCGUCGAUGCGGCACUUACAUCUACGGAGUGCAUCACGUCUACCUGGACUUCUUGCGGACUCAACAAACGGAUCAUAACAUCCAGAACACGCACAAGAAGCUAAUCGCGGCUUACAAGAAUUCCGCUGGAGGAGACUUCGCCCGGAUGGUCAACGACAACUAUAUCUACCAUUUCUUUGGACACCAUCUCUCGCACGGUAAGAUGUUCGAGGAAUUCAAGGUGUACUUGAAUCUCUACUUUUUGGAAGCCAAGAUAAAAGCCACAGGGCCAACAUUGGUGCUCGAGGAUAUCGACACCUACAAAGAAUUAAUUUUCGACUAUCAGGAUCAAAGCAUUCAUUUGCAAGACCUUCAGUGUUUAGUGAUGAUGUACGGGCAAACUUUGCACGAUCACAAACAGACUUCAAUCAUACAAUACGCGUUGAUGAUGCAGAAGGAUAGUUGGGUUUACAAGGAGGCAAGCAGAUUGGCCGCCGAUAAUAGACUAUACUUUGACACCGAAACGUUUCAUAAGACGAACUACUUUUCGUACGACUUUAAAUUAAAUGACUCUUUCCGAGUCGCCUGCUUCGCUGGUCAUCCAUCCGAAAUUCUCGUGGGCACCACGAAAGGAAAUAUCGAGCUGUGGAAAUUAACGCAUAAGGAUAAACAGUUGACAUUCAAAGGGCACUCUGCGGAGAUAGUGAUCCUAGUCUUGAACAGUCAGAAGAAUAAGGUGCUUUCAGUCUGCGCCGAUGGUUAUUUGAAGAUCUGGAAUUUAUCGACUAGCAGGAACAGCGGAAAUUUCGAGCCCAAUGGAAAUUCGUUUGUGAAUUCCCCUCGGAGGGUGCAGGACGGUUACCAGAUGUUCUUCGGGGAUGAGCUGACCAUCAAUCACUGCUACCUGCAGCUCGAUCCAGUUGAUAAGGAUCGCAUUAUAACUGCUGCAUUCGCGAAAAACGCUUCCGAGUUGUACGUAGUGGGAACCGAGAACGGCGUGUUGAAGAUACCUCAUCUCAAUCUGGAGUGGAAGUUCGACGAGGCCGUCAAGUCUGCUGUUUUCGUGAUGGACGAUGUGCACGUCGCCGUCAGCGUGGCUGACUGCAUAUACCUGGUGAACGUUCAGACGAAGGUCAUGGACUGGACAUUAUCCAAUGCCAACGAUGAGAUCAGGAGAUUGUAUCCGUUUGCAACGACGAAUCGAGCCGGUCUCAUCUCCGUUCACGACAGCUACUACAAACAACUCACCUGGAAGGCGACUCUUAUGCCUGACAAUACGUAUAACAUUGCGGACCUUCAACAGGAGCAGGAGUUCUUGAGAAGUCCAGUGAAAUGCAGCACGAUGGUGAAUAAUAUGUUGAUCAUGAACAGCAUCGAGAACCGCAUCAACAUCUUCAACCUGAGUUCCAAUCAGCAGUUCGUGGAAACGUUGAACUACCGGAGGAUGGGAGUGGUUUGUUUGGAUGCGACUAUCAGUUCGGUGGAGAUGGUCGUACUGUUGAGCGGCUUCGAGGAUCAGAUGUUAACGUUGUGGCACGUGAACCCGAAGAAAUCGAGCGUCAAAGGUGUGGAUAAUAAUCGUAGAAAGUCUGAUGUGCAUAAGAACGAGAUCUUCGCUACGCGUUGGAACCCUCAAAUGGAUAUAGCUCUGGUAGCUCUGGCCACCAAGGACAAUUGCUUGCAGAUCAUCAGCGAACACAAUCUUCUUACGCAGAUUUCGGUGGAUCACGUCAUCACUAAGAUCACUUUCCACAGGUCAGACGAUGUCGUGUACUACGCAUUGGAAACUGGCAGUGUUUUCAUGUUCGACAUCAAGCAAAAUAAGAAGCGAAAACUGUUUAAAAUGAAUGGUACUGUGGAAUAUCUGGACUUUCAGAUGUCGUACCUGCUCUGCGCUACUGACAUUGGUUAUUUCAAGAUAUACAACACCAUCGAUGGCAAGAUCAACGAGUUGCUCGACCCGCAGCGGAAUAUGGUGGUUAUUCAAGCAUUUCUCAUGGACCAGCAGGUUGUGGCCGUGAUGAAGCGACAGACCACUGUCUGCUGCUGGAAUUUAUCUAACAUGAAGAUGCGUUCGAUAUUCAGCCACGGGGAUUACAAUAACUCCGACACGACCACAGCCUGCUCGAACUAUUGCGAGAAUGACCGCACCACCAUGAUUUGCGUGCUCAGCAACACGUUCUUUUACGUCCUCGAGGUUGUGCGGAUCGGGCUUUUCCCAAAAGCGAGCAUCUUCAAAACGCACAAUCAGAAGGAUCAAUUACGCUGCUGUCAAUUCUCCAAGGAUGGCAACCACUUGGCAAUUGGUAGCCAAACUGGUAAAACCUAUGUUUGGAAUCUGAAGGAAAAUAGUCUGAUAACGUUGGUCUUGCAGCCAAACGCGUCGCCAAUCGAGAGCCUCCAGUUUUCUCAGUCUUGCAAUUUGAUUCUGGUCAGCGUCAGCGAUCAAAUUGCGUGGUGGGAUUUAAGCAACAGUAGAACGAAUUCGAUCGUCAGUCGGAGUGAUCAACUAAUUGGAGAUACAACAAACAACGAGGAAUUCCAAUGGGAAAAAAUCGGAACCGUUGACGGUACACCCCAUCUCCUCUCGUUGAUCAAACUGCAGAGUCACAGAUCCGUGAAGCAUUUCAGCGCUUCGAGGAACUUUACAAAGUUCCUGGCCAUCGACAACACCGGCGAAAUCUACAAGUUUUCGCCCCGCAAGUAACGCUAAAUCAAAACAAAACAAAAAACAAAAAUUAACGAAAUCAAAAAGCCCCAUGUCGCUGAAACGUGUGCAAUUAAAUUUUAUCUCGGAUUCUCCGGAAGACCGCGAACGGAUUUAGGGAAUAUGCAAUUUUUACAAAAAAAAAAAAUUGAGAAACUAUAAAAUGGGAAACCCGAGCGACCUGUUUGUUGAUACGUAGAACAAUUUAUUUUUAAAAACUCUUUAAUUAUUUAUAUUACGAAAUCGAU